CGCAAGGCAAAGCGACGUUUCGGCUCUUUGACCUGCUCUCCUGCGGUUGGCUUCCGGGAGAAGGCAGUGCCAGAGAACGAAGCUGCGGCCUUAAAACGACCACCUUGACUCGCCGGCCGCCUCAGUCUGGUCUGCAGCGCCCAGACUGGAUUCAGCCCACCCGACACGCAAGAUGCCGAGAAUUCUAUGGGCACUCCUCGUGGGCAUUGCGUUGCUGGGCCUCGCCGAGGCACAGACGUCAAGGCCACAGUUAAGUGGUUAUUUCACUUUCCUUCGGUACCGAAACCAAGCCUGUGAAGGUAAAUACGGCCAAAACGGAACAUGCGUCACAGAGCAGGAAUGCGGCGCCAAACAGGGAACGGACAUAGGACGCUGCGCCGAAGGCUACGGUGUCUGCUGCCGAGUGAGCUUCACGUGCAACAUGGUGAGCAGUGUCAACGAGACUGAGUUCGUGAACCCAAGUUACCCUAGCGGCGAGGUUGGCACGGGCACCUGCGAGGUGACCAUCACCAAGACGCCAGACAUCUGCCAGCUGCGCUUGGACUUCCUCGAGUUCAGCCUGGCGCCUCCUGAUGAGCAGGGUCUGUGCAACGUCGACUCAUUCAUGGUCCGCAGCACUGUGGGAGAGAAUCUGCCCCAGCUCUGCGGGGAAAACAAUGGCCAGCACCUGUACGUUGACAUGGGUCGACAGUCCGGCAACCCAGUCGUGCUCAGCGUUAUUAGCCGAGGAGGCAAGCGCCCAAGGAGGUGGCGAAUCAAGAUCAGCAUGAUACAGUGUGGAAGCCUCGACAUCGUAUCGCCUGGAUGCCUUCAGUAUUUCCGGAGUCCAAGCGCUAUCGUAAGAAGCUUCAACUACGGCCCACCGGUCGACAGCAAGGUCCGCUACUUGAGCGGACUUCGCUACUCCAUAUGCCUGCGUGUGGAAGAGAACUUCUGCUCCAUUAAAUGGGAGACGGAGACAAACUCUUCGUUCUCUUGGGGGCAGCCUACAUACGAGGACAACGUUGUGGCGUGUCGCGACGACUUCAUCACUGUUGACCAAGGGUCGUCGUACGGCAUGGGCCCCGGAGAAGACAGGUUCUGCGGCACGAGACUCCACGAGAAGAAUGUCCUCAUAUCGCACAGCAAACCAUUCAUGUUGAGAGUCAAGUCUAACAUGGACGCCUUGGCCAAUUCACAAGAAAAUCAACACGGAUUUUCGUUGCGGUACACCCAGCUACCAUGCGUAACAGACCAUCACCAGCAGACCAUCUCAAGGUGCCACACAAUGAAUUCUCGCAAUGGCAUAAUUGUUCUCACAGUCCUGGCCACACUGCUGGCCUCAGCAGUUGGCCAGGGAAUCUUCGGCGGGCAGCUGCCACCCAGUCGACCGGGAAGACCUCAAAGUAUAACUGGCAUUAUCAACCUGCUGCGUUACCAAAACCAGCCGUGUGAAGGUCGCAACAACCAGAAUGGAACAUGUGUCAGCGAACAGGACUGCAUUGACCGGAAAGGAACGGAAGUCAACAGAUGCGCCAACGGCUUCGGAGUUUGCUGUUACGUGAGCUUCACGUGCGGCAAGUCCACGAGCGACAACGAAACGGAGUUCGUGAACCCCAACUACCCGAACGGCGAGAACGGCACGGACACCUGCCAGGUGACAAUCGAGAAGCAGAACAACGUGUGCCAGCUGCGGCUCGACUUCCUCGAGUUCAGCCUGGCCCAGCCCGACGAGAACGGACAGUGCAUCACCGACUCGUUCAUGGUCCGAACGACGGUCGGGGAGCGCCUGCCCAUUCUCUGCGGAGAGAACGCGGGACUGCACUUGUACGUGGACAUGGGCAGAAGUUCGGGGAAUCCUGUCGUGCUAAGCGUAGUCAGUAAUGGGGACAAGAUGACUAGAAGAUGGCGGAUCAAGAUCAGCAUGGUACAGUGCAACAGCCUCGACAUAGCUCCUGCCGGUUGCCUGCUGUACUACCGAAGUCCUAGCGCCAUCGUGCGGAGCUUCAACUACGGACCCAUGGUGGAGCACAGGGUCCGUUACUUGAGCAACCUCCGAUACUCCAUCUGUAUCCGCAUGGAGGAGAACUACUGCUCCAUCAAGUGGGAGACCGAGUCCAACUCGUCCUUCUCGUGGGGCAAGCCAAUCGACCGGGGUGCUAACGGCACCAUCUGCAACAUGGACGACUUCGUGGGCAUUGACCAGGGUUCGACGCUGGGCCUUGGUCCGGGGCAGGAUCGCUUCUGCGGCACUAGCCUCGGCGAAGAGAACGUCAUCAUAUCCAACAGCAAGCCCUUCACGUUGAAGGUGAAGAGCAACCACGCCUCAAGUGACAACGCCAUGAACGGCCAGUACGGCUUCUCCUUACGAUACACGCAGCUACCGUGUGUCGUCUAGCACGAAGCCGUGCCGAGCUCUUCGAGUCACCGCGUUUUCCUGUCAUCCUUACACGGAUACCACACCUUUCUUUCGCCUCUUUUUAUUCUCCCUACGGGACACCAAUUGGACGGAUGAUCUGGCCCGGUGAUCGUCUUGAGAAGCCGGCUGAGAUUUACUCAUUUACCAAGCCGACAUCAUUGAUACCACUGCAUAUGAAUGGUUGUAUUUAUUGCGCCAACAUAACUCCACGUCUCCCCACCUCCCCCAUACCCCGAGCGCUGAAUGUGCAGUGAUAUGUCCUCCCUCACAAAAUGUUGUCAUUCUGUGGUGCCGCUCUACUUGCCAUGUUCCUCUUAAAGAUCACAAUCGCACUGAAACAGGACCCAGGAAGAGAAUGCCGAGUGUACGAAAUUUUUUUUUAGUCAGAUGCCCAGCUAACACUCAACGCUACUUGUGCUUUCGAAAUCUGUGCUGUGUCUCAAAUAGUAAAACUAAGAUAAUGCAUACAUCCAAACCAUAUGUACACCGUGACAUAUACACAAUGCAUCAAAGAACGUUACGUCCUUUAAUACUUUGAACGAUAAAACGACAAGGACCUGAUUUUAAAAGACUGAUACCAUUUGAGUGUUAGAAACAUGCGCGAUACGCGGUGCUUUUGUUGUACUAAGCUCUAUUUCCUGUGUCGUGUUCACCAUCCAUCAUCAAGCGGUGCAGUAUUUAAAAGCGUCAAUUCCUUAUUUAAAGCGCCAUCAUAGGGUGCCAAACGUUCCCAGGUAUAUGCGCUAUGUGCGAUGCAUUCACCGGCUUUCAUUUGCCGCGUCUGUUAGCGUCCUCGUUAUAUCAGAGGGCUUGCAAGCCUUACGCGUGCUGUACGGUGGCGACACCUAUACCGUUCGAGCUUACUCCCACCGUAGUAACAGGGCUGGUCUCCGUCAGCCGGGACCGUCUGCUCAAGAAAGGCAUGCCAACGCCACAGGCAACACAAAUCACAAAGCGAUGGACAUAUAUGUAUAAUUGUACUGUGCCUUAGAAGAACGAUAGAUGUAUUUAAUGCUAUAGCUUCGCAUGUGAUGAAAUGCCGCUUUUUGCUUUGCUAACGCUGUAUGCUUUUAUCUUUUUUUGCCCUGCCUGGCGCACAAGUUGCUAAGUGUUCACAACGCCACGUUGCGGCGGAUUUCACGAAAGCAACCAUGUUGUUUUGUUGACGUGCAAUGUCGCGUGUCCUCCACCUGCAAGCUGUUCUCAUAUGCCAGCAGCCUGCAGCCUCUCCUUUUGUGUACCUUUGUUGCCAUUAACGCAUAACACAUGCAGCC